AUGGAAAAUGCGCAACAAAACAUAAUCAAAGCUGGUCAUUUCAACGAAGUGUGGUCAUCAGAAGAUUUACGUCCUGAUCGAAUCACGUCAGAGCUUAGUAAAUUGUUUACGAAGAAUACUUCAGAUACCGCACAUCACACAUCAUCUGAUAAAUAUCUCAGUGUCGACAAACAACAUUUAGAAGAACUAAUAGCAAGCAGUUCGAAAGAGGGCGGAGCCGGUGUGUCUUUCCUUGGUAUAUCGCUUGGUGGUAAAGGCGGUUCGUCCUCCUCGUCAAAAAACACAUUUUUCGAUAAGCUGUCACAGAUCAAUCAUGACAAAUACUCUCAAGAUGACGUCAUUAACCUGCUCAGUGAACAUCAGGCCGAGUUUGCUUGGGAAGGUGAAAAAUUCGUCCCAAAGUCAUUCCAAGUUUAUAAAACGAGUGAUUUGACAGAUAGUUUACAAAUUGCUCUUGUUGCCGAACAAAUCACCAUUGACAAGAAACAAGGUGCUAUCAUACGGCAUGUCAGCACGAUGAACACACCACAGUGGGUAUCAGACGAUAAAGGAGCUCUCAGUCCAUUCUUAGUAGGUGAAAUAAAACUUUAUACCGGCGUUAACACACCAUCGUCAUCUUGGCUCCUAUGCGAUGGCUCUGCUGUCUCCCGUAUCCAGUAUAAACGUCUUUUUGCACUAAUAGGUGAACGGUAUGGUCCGGGUGAUGGUAGUGAGACGUUCAAUUUGCCGGAUUUUCGUGGACGAAUUCCUGUCGGCGUUGAUUCUAACAGAACGCACAUAGAGUCAGCAAAUGAAAUAGGCGUAUCCGGUGGUAACACAACUUAUCAGCUUACACCCUCUCACAUACCAGCGCACACUCAUGAUCAGGGAUCGUUGUAUGUAACAAAAAAUGGUAAUCAUAGCCAUGAUAUAACAGAUCCCGGACACAAUCAUGGUGGAAGAACAGGGCCCUCAAAAAUGACUAACGGUGGUUGGGGUUUGACUCCAAAAGGUUAUGGUAGCGAUCAAGGAAAUCAUGAUCACACUAUCAACACAGAUUAUACAAGAAUUACAAUAUUAUCUGCAGAUGACCAUUCACAUGAAAUUUACGGUGAAACGGGAUCAUUUGGCAAUGCUGAACCAUUCACUGUCAUGCCACCAUAUCAAACAAUUAAUUAUAUUAUUUAUGCUAACUAA